CCCUCGCGAGUUCCUGUAGCGGUGACAGCAAAACAACGGGCUUCGGAACUCAAUACCGGAAGUAUCGGUGACAGGACGACUCUGGAAAGCCAGGCCGUGUACAGCGGUGCAGUGUGAUAUACCAAUCACAAGAUAACAGGCCUAUGGAAUUUCUGUAACCAGUACAAGAGCUCAAGGAGGAGCCAGCCUUAGUCCGGCCUGCUCAGGUAACAAGGUUUGAAUGAGCGAGGAGGAGCGCCCCGCUGCUCUCGCUGACACUGUCCUGCGUUUCCUGUGCCACGAUGACAUAGACACCGUGAAGGAGCUAUGUGCAGAUUGGUUCCCCAUCGAGUACCCGGAUUCGUGGUACAGAGACAUCACUUCCAACAAGAAAUUCUUUUCUCUGGCUGCUACCUUCCAUGGACAGAUUGUGGGCAUGAUAGUUGCAGAAAUAAAAUCCAGGACCAAAGUACACAAAGAGGAUGGCGACAUUUUGGCAUCCAGUUUCUCCAGCGAUACACAGGUGGCAUACAUCCUGAGCCUGGGAGUAGUGAAGGAAUUCAGGAAACAGGGAAUUGGGUCCCUGCUGCUGGAGAGUUUAAAGAGCCACAUUUCAAGCACCGCCCAGGAUCACUGCAAGGCUCUGUACCUGCACGUCCUGACCACCAACAGCAGUGCCAUCCGCUUCUACGAGAAUCGCCACUUCCAUCAACACCACUAUCUGCCGUACUACUACUCCAUCCGCGGGGUGCUGCAGGACGCUUACACUUAUGUCCUGUACCUCAAUGGAGGCCACCCGCCAUGGACAGUCAUAGAUUACCUGCAGCAUUUGGGAUCUGCUCUAGCCGGGCUCAGUCCUUGUACUCUGCCACAGAGGCUUUACCGCCAAGCUCAUACUCUCCUGCGUAGUUUGCUGCCCUGGUCCGGCAUAUCUGCCAAGACUGGAAUUGAAUACAGUCGCACCAUGUGACCACAGGUCUUUGAGCUUCACAGUGUUUGUACGUGGCCUGUGGGGACCUUAUUCUGAUUCCUACAACCGAUUUCCGCUUCCUUUUAUCAAGAUUGGACACUGGCGGCUUAUCCUUGAGGAUCGAUGUUGGAGCAAGCACAUGAUUUCCGUUGUACAGGACUCAAUUACAACCCCAAUGUGUAGGGUGGGUCUUUGUGGUCUAUUUAGGAGUCAUCAAGACAACACAGUAACAAAAGACCAAGGUUUUCUACCUUGAGUUUAUUUGCAGCUAUGUACAAGAACCCUGUUGGAAUUUGUCCCAUUAUAUAUAUAUAUAUAUAUAUAUAUAUAUAAAAUUAAUUUAUAUGUUCCAUUAAUUUCUUCACCAAAAACCUAUGGUCUUACCUUGCUCUACGUGGGGAUAUGCCAGGGUCUGGCCUUACAAUAAAACUGAUGGCAAUGAAGGGUUAAAGGAAGUAGUAUAUAGUGAAGAUUAUUUAAAUUGAGCUUUUUAAUUCCUAAAACCUACUUGAUAUCAGCUUCCUAUGAGAAAAGACUGAAUUAUGGGUGAAUAUGCUUCUAACAAUGUUCUAUCCUUUCCUUUGAGUCCCUCUUAUGUAAAGAAUAUUAGUACCUCUUACUGAAGAGUUUUAGGAUUUAAUAUGUGUGUCUCUGAUCAGAAGAAUGCAGAUGGAAUGUAUGUCUGACCAAUACAAUGUCCACUACUUCCUUGAGUGUAAUUUUAUAUAAAUAUGUCAAUGUGGAUUGUA